AUGGUGUUUGGAGCGGAGACGUCGCCCGCGGUGGCUUUUCAGAAGGACGCUUUCGAUCUGACCGUGGAGGAGGUGUACAAUAUUUCCUACGUGAUCGGCCGGGACCUGCGGAAGAUCAGUGGUCUGGAGAGGUCCGCAGCUUUCAUGUCUGUGAGCACCAAGCAGCAGGAUGGCAGGGUUGGGGGGCCACUCCCUGGGGAUCACCUGCACAUCCACACCAGGCUAUAA